UUGGUCAGUGUGCUGUAUGAAUUGGACAUAGCGAAAUUGGUAGCAUUCAUUCGGAACUGCUUCGCGCAUCGCUCCAGGAUCCAUUUUUGAAAAUAAGCUCAUGCAAGGGAAAGAUUCGCGGAGGAGCGUUUUGUUCAGAAUUAUCAGCUGUACUCGCUCGGCGAUGCUUUAAUGUGAUCCAAGCUGAAAGCAGGCCAAAUAAGAAAGCAGUUAUAUGUUAGCUUGAAUUGUGAAGUGCGUCAGAUGAGCAGCACACUUGUAGACAGAAAAUUGGUCGAUUGACAGCGCAGAGAGCAUAAAAAGCUCUCUCAAAGAACAGUUGGUUUGUGCUAAAUUGGUGAAAUAAAAGCGAAAACGACUGUUUGACCCGGAUAAAGGACGCCCUGCUACCCCCGUAUUAAAUUAUUUAAAAGAAGUCUUUUCAGCGCAAGCUAAGUAGAUCGAAGAUAAAUGAUUAGGUUGAUUGAUAAGUUUCAGGUGAACGGUCGCAAACCACAGAUGGUUUUCUAAUAUUAAACCAGCUGGCGAGGCUCUCUGCAAAAGAACCGCGAGCAAUAGUUCAACAACAACACAAGGACGUUGAGCAUUGAUAGAAUGCGUUGAUAGCAUGCACACACGGCCUGCUCAUGGAACUAAGCAGGUGAAGGAGGUCCCUGCAGUCUGUGUGAAGAUUGUAUGAAGAGUUCGCCCGAAGAGUUCGCCCGAAGAGUUCGCUUGCCUCUCUUUCUUUUUGCCUGCUCAAGUGGCCCUUGUUCUUCCUUAGGAUCAUUGUCUGAGCGUUGGGGAUUAUCAAAUUCAUCAAACUUCGCCAUGCCACGAACAUUUCUGGUAAAAACAUGCAGAAAGCGUAGCGGAUCAACUGGACAUUUGAGUAAAGGAUCAUCCGAGAUAGAAGGAGAAUUGGGGAGCAAUCCCGGUGAAUCAAAGACUGCUUGCGGCAAAAAUAUUGAAAAAAUACAAGAAAAUGAUGCCCCAUGCAAAGCCGAAAAUGGAAGAGCAGAAAGAUUGCGAACCAGUAUCUUCUUACCAAAGAAAUUAAAUAAAGCUAGCUUUGUUCAAUAUCCUUUUGUGCAAAAUGACACCGAUGAAUCUGGAAGAAAUGAAAGUGUGGGAAACAUACAACAAGAAGGCAGGUGUAAAAGGACAAUGAAGAGCUGUAGCGAUGACAACGCUGAGGCGCCCGAGGAGAAGGAGAUGGCCUGGGUGCCAAGAAAAUGUGGAGUUGAAAACGAUCGGUUACAUGGCAAGGAAAGAACUGCAAAAAGUGAAAUGUUCUUGAAUAAGUUGCGAAAGUAUAUGACUGUACAGGAUUCUGAUUGCGAUGUGGAAACAUUGCACAAUUUUCGCAAUGAGAAAGAGUCGUUUAUUCAAAGAGACAGCGUUUGUGUAAUUCGAAGACCUGUCGCGUUAAUCCCAGCCGCAUGUAACUGUCAAAAGUGCCUGGAAGGACCUCAGCUCAGGGUUCUCAAUGAGGCCUCAUUCGAAUGCAAAAGCAACAACAACCACGGUCAUUGUUACAAUGUGGAACCAAAACGCUUUAACAUGUAUAAGCCUUCGUCAAAGCAGCAUUACUUUGGCAAACCUUAUAUGAGCAGCUCUCCAGAGUCACGUGAUCGGAAAUUUUCAUGCAACGAAGAUAUGCACGUCGUGCCGGGACGAAUAUCUGGAGAAGGAGCAGCCAGAUAUUUGAUUGAAAGGAAAAUGCGUGGUCACUGGAACUGCGACGUAGCGAAAGUUAAAGGGCAUGGUACGAAUAAUAAACAUUCAUGGAUGGAACAUGGAACAUCACUAGAUCAAGAAAGCUCAGAAAUAAAAGGGCAAUAUAAAGAAAUGAAAGAAGAAUAUUGGGAUAGGCCGGCUAAUAUCGAGCCUGAUAUUAAAGCUGAUCUGGAAAGGAGGAAUGGAACCAAGUACAGAGGGUUUUCAAGAGACACGAAAAAAUGUUCAGACCAUGUCAAAGAAUUUCAUGAUGAUGAAGGUAAAAAAGUUAUUAAGAAAAGGCAAGAAACGACGUUGAUUGUCAGGUCGAGUAAUUGCAAAUGUCCAGAAUGCAUACAGGAAAUUUCAAGGACAAUUUCAGAUUUUGGCCAUGUUGAUUAUGUGGAAGUUAAAGAUAUCGACAGAUUUCAUGAACCUGAAAGAAUUGUUUGCAAAAUAGAAGAGGGCGAAGAAAUCGUAAAAACGAAAUCCAACCACAACAACAAAGGGAAUAAUCAUAUUGCAAUGGUUAAAGAAAGAAAAUUUGGAAGCUCCCUUCCUUUAAAAGUAGACACUGAAGAAGAAUUUUUUUCAAAUGAUCAAGAUUUGAACAGACCAAAACAAAGAAGAACUGCAUUAGAGAAAAGACACUGGAAACAUGGAAAAGAGAGCCCAGUAGAAGAUGAAGAUCAGUUUGACUGCAUUGUAAAUAGCUCUAGUGGCACGAAUGUACGAUUAGACAGAAACGCGUAUCCAGACGAAGACAUAGCAAAUAAGGAACUUUCGUCGGUAACGGAUUUCGACGAGGAAACGAAGUAUAAUUUAGUAAAUUUACAAAAUGACAUGAAACAGUGUGAAACUGGAGAUAUCCUUGCAAACAGCCCAACAUUUCUUAAUUAUCAAAAUGUAAAAAGCAAAGAAAAACGGCUAAUGCUAAGGCAAGCGAAGGAAAAGUCGAUUGGCAAGAAAAGUAGAGCACUUGCGAAUUGGCUGGAAAGAAAGCGAGUAGCUGAACUGAAUGACGCCUUUGAAAGACUGCGAAAAAUGGUACCUGCUUAUGGCAAUGAAGAUAGGUCUCUCUCGAAAAUUAAAACACUCAGAUAUGCUUCAACGUAUAUCAAUCACUUAGCCGUCAUUCAUGAAAAACAGUGCAGAUAUGGAAUAGAAGACUUGAAGAAAGGCCUGAUGAAGUUCAUGGACAUAGAUCCGAUGCUGCAACGAUGCCAAGAACAUCUCGAGACUCAAUGCAUCAUUUAAACUAAUAUUUUUGGAUUAAUAUCAAACCAGCUAACUAGCCUAUUUAUUAGGAGUAAUGGCAUUUUCUCUUGCUCUCCAAAUAUUCGUUGAUUUUCUGCAAACAAAGUAAUCCUCCUUCUUCAUCAGUUCCAGCUUUUCGUUGUUAUGUGAAAAAACUAGAGGCACUAGAUCGUCCAAUUAGUCGCGGUGCGUUUUUUGACUGUCUCGCGUUGCGAAACGACCCCAGUCGCGGUGCGUCCCAGUGAAAAAACAUAUAAUGUUUAGCUUGGUUUAAUCGAGUCUUGGUUUGAUCAUUCAAAAUAUUUAUAAUUUCAAAGCUUGAUUUUAUCUAUUCUUGCAUCAGCAAUUUAAUGCCAAGUUUAUGGUCGAAAACUAACGUUUAGCGGAUGCCGCGUGGGAGGAAUUUUUAGCCGCGAGGGAGAAAAUAUUUAUAACGAGCAAGUGUUUCAGCAACUUUUAUUGCUGACUUUGAACACUAGUGUCUUCGAUAUGUAGAUAGUUUGAUUUUAUUGAAAAGAAAAAAUAAGAAAGAAGGUUAAACCGUGAUGGUAAGACUGCUUGCAAAUCUUUUCUCUUCAAGUAAACAAAGUAAAUAUUUGAUUGAUAUUACAUACACGUUUAGAACAAUGAAGGGUAGGUAAGAAUUAGAAUAAGAAUUAGAAAUAUAAGGGAAUAUGGUACAAACAAAGAAAAUAACGAAAAUUCAUGUCAUGUCGAUUUUGUUUCGAUCUGAAUUUAGCCCUAGCUCUUCAAGGAUUUGCCUUUCCAAUUCCAUGUAGUCUUGAUAGGCCUAGCAGAAAAGAAACCAUGGUGCGGUUACAAUCAAAUUAUUAUUUGCGAAAUGCAGUUAUUCACAUCAGAGGCUUACAGUUUCACUGAUUUUUGAAAAGUAAUGCAUGAUAAAACGACUCUACGAUAAAUUCGCUAUCAAUAAUUACAAAGAAAUAUGCAUAGAUGAAAUAUAGCGUCAAAAGUCAGGCAUAUGUUCGAGUUAACGAGUUAACAAGUGUCUCUCCCUGGUGCGAUUUAGAUAAUGUUUUAUUCUUUAAAAGCGAGCAGCUGCAUGGAAAGGAACUAGCACCUCACUGUACUUUCAGCCCCCCUUCCUUAGUACUUUCAGGCACCCUUCCUAAGUAAUUUUAGCCCCCCUCCCUUAGUAUGACUAUCAUUUUCAUAAAAGCUGGUUCUUAUCCACAUUCCUCUUUACUUCCUCUCGCUUGAGGAUUCGUACCCGAAAUAUUUGGCCUGUUUGAUUUUGGUGGAUGGUUAAGAAUACACGACAAAAUGAAUGAUUAAUGAAACGACGUACUGUUAGACACAGUUGUCGAGCCAGAGCCAACACAAAAACACUGUUGUAAGGUCACUUGAUGAAUUUAGGACCAGUCGAAUACUGGAUAUUAGCAAAGCUGUAUUAUGUACAGCACGAGAGGUCCUGCGAAAGAAACGACACUAUGGCGAAUGGAAAAAUUUGGAUAGCAACAGACUUACAGAUCUGGCUUUCGAUUCCCAUUCCAAGUCUUCUUCAACCAAUUUCACCUAAAGAAGAACAAAUAAUGAUUGAUAUUGCCUUGUUUAUAGAUUACCUUACUUUCUCCAUUUAAAGCCCCUUAAAAAGAAGCAAAAGAACAUAAGUUUCAGGGUUUGGCCUUAGCAAUCUCAGUAACUUGAACAUUUUUAAAGUUUUGAGAUAAAUUUAUAAGCCAAAGAAGCAUGAAGAACCGUGAUUCCUUUGGCAUGAAAAUUCUGGGUAUUUUAUAGACACAGUUUCGAGUAAAUCCAUCAUAACCACUGGUUGAAAGGUAUCUUCUUUGUUUAUAGUUGGGUGAAAAUGCUUACAAUCAAGAUACAAAAUCAUUACGUAUUCUAUAUAUAAAAUGAAGAGCAUCGUCCCUUCUCCUUAGUCCCUUCUCAUGGCCCCUUAAGAAUUACACAGUAAUCAAGUGCUGAAAAUUAAGAAGGAUUCUAGCCUAAAGAUGGCUUAGAGAAAUCAUACCUUAUUCGAUAUCUCAUUCUUGACUUCCUUUUUGUCCAUGUCAGCAUUCCUUUCUCUUUGUUCAAGGAAGGCUAGUCUUCUGGCCUCUCUUUCGAAAUAGUUGUCAACACUCGUCACCUUGGAUUUGAACAGGAUUGAAUUGAAGGAUUGCAACAGGAUUGAAAAGAUUGUUUAAGGAUGCAGCGAAGCAAAGAGCUUCAUGAAACAGAAAGAAAAGCAAAUUUGGAGAAAUUGAUUGUUAUUAAAUAGUGGACUGAAAAUGAUUUCCGUACGAACUUACACUGUACGGACAGCUUCACAAUUUCAAUUUUUGAAAUAUUUCAACAUAGCAAACACAAUGUAUAUGUUGAAUAGACAAUAAGUAAGAAAAAUUAAAAUUAUAUUUCUUUGUCGAGAGAUGAAUAGAUCAUACUUCAUUAGAAGAUGGUUGUCGCAGAUUCCAUGGCACUUCAAAUAUGUGCAGUGUUCCAAUUUUAUCACCAAUUGCCAGCAAUUGCUGUUUGCCUAGAAAAGGUUAGGCCGUAAAUGUGUACUUACAUUAUUUCUAAAGAUUAGGUCAUUGCGAGAUACUAAAUUAUAGUGAAAAUGAAUAGCACCAUUAAAGCAAUAAUGUAAAUUUAAUGUAAAUUUAAUCAAAGUGAAAAUUCGAGUCUCUCGACCAAGCAACCAAUGAUAAAAAUCAUACGUAGAUCAAAAUCCAUAAUGAAUUUCCUUCCAUAAAAAAUUGCAGGAAAAAUAGCAAAACAAGCCAUGAUUUGAAAUCUUAUGCUUAAGAUGAAGAAACCACUUUGUGAGAAGUAAUAGAAGCUAGUCUCGGUUUAGUUGGAAUGUAUGAAAUACAAAUAACUCUUACUUGAGACUUGAUAAGGAAAGAUUGUUUGUAUAGGAACUGGAGUAACACUUUGAUUAAGGAAAGGCUCGUGGGUUCUGAAAAGGCAAGAAAAAUGAAAUGCAUUUGAAAAUACACAUACGGGCGCAAAUACCCCCUUGUCCCCUUGUAAACAAAUUUCCAGCAGUACUCUGCAAUGAAAUUCAUAUAACAGAACGUAUUUGCAUCCACCAUUUUAUUUAUUUGGGUUCAACUUGGGUGUUUGCUCGCAAAGGCUAGGUUCUUACAGCAUGAACACAAAAAGUCUAUAAUUCUUAACUGAAUUUGCAGCCUUCACUUGAUUCGUCGACUUUAAUCCAUUAAUGAAUACUUUACCAUAUUGUUUAGCAUGCAACUAGUAUUUAAAUAUUGGAGUUGUCAUAGUUGUUGACAUGGUGUGUUGAAAUAAACAAGCAGAAGAGCUAGUGGAGAAAUACAAUCCCCAACAAUACGUAAAUGUCGUCGUUGCUAAGUUGACUCUUAUAUUGAACCAGCGGUAGAACACGAGAAGGAGAUGUACUGCUCAUAGAAAACCAAAUACUCCUUUACUUCACCCUGCAAUGUUUACCCUACUUGGGUUUACCUUGGCUGUUUGGUCGCCAAGACUACGUCCUGGCAGCAUAAACACAAACAGUCUGUAAUUCUUAACUGAAUUUGCAGCCAUCGCUCUUAGCCCAUAACAUGAACCCAAAUCUCUGGGGAACCGGCAAAACAAGACUAUCCAUAAAGGAUAUUGUUUAAUGCCAUUCUCUGUACUCUUCUGUAAGCACUGUAGUAGUUGCAAAACAACAGAUACUCAGAUGUCACUUGCACAGUGAGAACUUUACAUCGAUCUUUAACAAUCCUUCUUAACACACUGCAAUGGUUUAAAUGUUUGUGCUACAUUGGUUCUGCAAUCAAAAGAGAGCAGCACUUACUUGUCAAGGAGAUCCCAAACGUCCACACUUCCAUCGGAUUUGCCGAUAAAGAAUACAGCUGUAGAAUAUUAGAUACCAGUUAGCAUACAUAACGUUAGCCAUGCAAAGUCAUUCAAAAAACGCACAUUGAUUUCUGAUCCAUUAAUGAAAGCAAGUGCUGGGAAUGUAAGUGAAACUGACAUUGAGAGGGAGCAAAGCAGCUGACGCUUUCAUUGAACUAGACACAGAAAUCUGGGUUUGCAUGAUUUGGCAAGUUUGCCAUUGAAAGGACAAAGCCGGGAGGAAAACAUUAUAAAAGGAAAAUACGCGUUAAGUUGCCUAAUGUAGCAACAGUUGUGAAGUGUAAACAGCUAAAGUAGCCUAGAGGCCCCCUAAAUGAAAAAGAUACACAAAUCUUGUUGCAGCUGUAUUGAAACUUUAUGUAGAGCACAAGCUUAAAAUACUACAGAUUAAGAUUGAUUGCAAUUAGUGCAAUUAGUGGAUAAACUGACUUUGUUGCUAGUUGAAACCAUUUUGUGUAAAUCCCAACAGAAUUACAGAAAUACAGUUAGCCUUUUAAAAGAUUAAGUGCAUCUAGAUUCUGCCUGAAUUAACCUGGUCUGGAAGGACUCCAUGCAGCAGCUGUUAGUUUGACUGGAUGGCUGCUUGACACCAGUAAUGGACCAUGCUGAAACAUAACAGAUACAAUUUAGUCACAUUGAUAUGAUACAAGUUAUGAUGUGAUUGAUAUAAGUUAGUAACAUUAAUUCUAAUAAAUCAUUAUACGGGCAUGUAAUCAUUAAAGCCUGGAAAAUAAAAAUAAUUUGGGCAGGAAUAGAGGGGGUGGGCUAUUUGAAAAAGAGAAAUAAAGUUCAAAGCCGCAUUGCAGUACAGUCAAGAAGCAUUCAAAUAACACCGUUCACUGUUGCAAAAAAGAGUUCAAAAAAUUUGGCAGUUUAGAUAUUGCAAUAAAUACACAGAUUUGUACUUUUGAUAAAGUUUGGGCCUAGCUAUUACUUUUAUUAUUGUUUAAUUGUAGCAAUUUUGAACUUCAGUGUUUCGAUGAACUCGUAUAAUGAGAACAGGUAAAAAAAUUUAUUAGGCUCACGGUCAGCUUUUCUUUCCAAAUAGCAAAGGACCAUCCACCAGCCGUUAAAAUCACAUCUUUGAAGAAUGGCGAUCUUUCUAUCGCCGUGAUUGGACCGUCAUGAGCAUCAAGGACAAGAUCUGGCCUCGGAG